AUGGGUUUUGCCCAACUUAAAGCACUUUUGACCCGUGGAUUGGUGCACACCUUCUUUGGUAAGGCUGCUCACCUUGUUGACAACACCAAUCACCAGGGCCACUUCCAAAAGGUGUUGACUGCCAUUGUGAACUUCUGUAUAUACUCCAUUGCGUUUGGCAUAGUAGUAGAAAUGGUGAUGAUGUACCCAAUUCAGAGACGCAAGUACAGGGAUGGGAUCAAUAAUCUUUCGGUGUUUCUCAUAGGAAGAAUACCAAUUGCCAUGCCAACAGUGUUGUCAGUGACAAUGGCCAUAGGCUCUCCCCGGCUGUCAAAGCAAGGUGCUACCACAAAGAGGAUGACAGCAAUAGAAGAGAUGGCUGGAAUGGAUGUUCUUUGCGGUGACAAGAUUGGGACUCUCACCUUCAACAAGCUUACCGUGGACAAAAGCAUGAUUGAGAUAUUUUCAAAGGACGUGGACAGUGAUGUGGUGAUUCUGCUUGCGGCUAGGGCUUCCCGGGUUGAGAAUCAGGAUACCAUUGAUGCCUGCAUUGUGGGAAUGUUGGCUGACCCCGGUGAAGGCAAGAUCAGAGACAGUUGGAGGACGCACAGUUGAUAAAAGCUUGCGAUGAUCUUCGAAGCAGGGUCAAAUUCCUCCAGAAACGGUCUGAAAGCUGUGACAUACAAGGGCGCAUCAAGUCACUGGAGGAUGCAGUCGCAUGUGCUCUUACAGCUGACAUGGAUGUAACCUAUGGUCAUUAUUGAUGAUGACCAUUUUUGGUGGCCAAGAAUCCAGGUGAGAAGGAGAUGAAUGCAUUGGCGCGUCACUUAUUGAAUUUGCUGAUGCCAUUGGUUCCUUUCUUCUUCAAUGUCCCAUGUGACCCUUUCAAGGAAGCAGUAGAUUUUUGUUCAGGUGGACCCAUUUAGCUUGAAGAAAAGAACCCCCAGUUGACAUAUAUCACGGGCAGUGGCUCAACACCCCUGAUUUUGACGCCCCAACACAGCUUGUCCAAUCACUCGAGCAUGACGCCGAGCAUGUGCAUGCUGUUAUGAUUACCCCAGAGAGAAAGGGAAUCGAUUGAAGAUGGGAAAUGAUAGCAAGGAUAUCUUCUUCAUGUUGCAAGUUGAUGGAGAUUGCGCUCACUCAAAAGGCAACAAUAACAAAUGCUCAUCUGUUACUCUCAUGUUUCAAAUUGGAAGGCUUUAUGGUGGCAGUCCAAUAAACAAUGGAGAAGGAUAUGGGAGCUUUUCCUUGGUGACCCUUCCAAGUCCCUCCCCCUCUCUGUUCGCUCCGGUGCUGUGAUUUCCAUGCCUAAAACCCUGGUGCCAAGUCCUUCAGAUAAACCAAAAUCAAAGAUUGGACUACAGCCUUUACGCCUUGUUAAUCACUCCCAGCGUGGAGGGUCUGCAAAAUCUGAUGUUACGAAGACGUCUAAUGUAGGGAAGCUCCAUGUUCUGAAGCCACCCCGAGAGAGGAAUGGUAUCUCACUAGCUGCAAAGGAUAGCUUGAGUCCUACAAUGGGCAGCAGGGUAGCAAAUAACCCCUCUUGUUGUCACUCCACCAGUUGCUGGAUCUGUUUCUUUGAGGAGUCCAAGGAACAAUCCAACCCUUAAUACUGCGAGCGAGCACCCAUUUUCUAUGUCCAGAUGCCAAUCCAAUGGCGCUGAACCCAAAGCCUUCUGCCAGUCCACUCAUUGCCCAUCUCAUACCCAUUUCCAUACUUACCUUUCAUAACCUCCCAUGCAUGUCAUCUUUUCUUUAAAGCCUAUAAACCACCUUUCUCUCCCAUGCACGACCAGAGGAAAACACUUGUGAUAGCCUGGACCUCGAUAGUGGUGUUGGUGAUACAUGCAGCACCUAGCUGGAAACAACUCUAGCAUUGACUUGUGGAAUCAUAGAGAAUUACCUCACGUAGAUUGCAGUACAAAUGGAAAUUCAGACUUUGGCAGAGACUCAACAUGAUACAGGGUUCUAAUCAAAGCUUGCUCUCGUCCAAAUACUCAAUCCUGUAAACAUCCAUGGGAUCAGUAGUGAAUAUAAGAGGAGGUCAGGAAUGCAGAUGAAAGAAAAUCAUCAUUGAAGUAUUGGGUUGAAUAGUGGGGUUAUCAUGAGAUCAAGAGGCUUAUGGCUUGGUGACAGUAGUUGUGACAUGGACAGAUGAGGGGAUAUGAAAGGCCAGAUUUGAGAGAUGAAGCCUACGUUUCUAUCAAGGACUAUUUUAAUUGAUUCCAUCAAGGUUCUCACGUGUGAGUUAUGGAUGGCAAUGAAUACCUUGAUUACGUGGGUUCAUGGGAUCAACAAUCAUUGGUUAUAUUGAUGAUGGAACGUUGACGGCUUUGGUUGAAGUAAUAAAGAAAGGAAAAUGCUUUGGUGCCCUCUGCCUUCUAGAGAAUGUUCUACCCAAGACAGUUAUAUUUGUGUUCCCAAUGGCAAGCCAGGCCCCACGUCACCACUGUCCGGGUUGAUGAUCAUUCAAGCACCCUUCCUCAUGGAGUGGCCACCUGUGAUCUAAAUCCCAUCCCAUCCCAUCAUCUUUUGACUUAGAAAAUAAUCUUCCCAAACACCAAUCUUGCAAAUGGCUUUUCAAUAUUGUUUUCCAAAUAAUUUUAACUCCUCCAUCUUUCAUCUUUAGCUUUUUCUUUAGGUUCCAAAAAUCCACUUUUCAAAUAAAAUUCGUUGCCAUUUUUCCUUUUGGCCAGCAAUUUUCACAACUCCUCUUUUUUAAAACGUUUUAAAAUAAGCGUUAAUUUAAUUUUGUAAUUCUAAGUGAUAGAAUUUACAAAAUUAAUUAGUGCAAAAUAAACGGGCUUUGGUGGGGGUCCAACAUAUGAGAUUUUAUGAUUGAUGGAUUGAUUGGUUGAUUCGGUUGCCAUAUAUGAUUUAUUCUGCUCUAUGAUAUGCAUGUGACUAUUCCUUAAUUGUGCACUAAUCCCACUUCUUGAUAGCGCAUUGAAGAUCGUUGCCCAGGUACGCAUCUGUUCUUAUUCUGGUCUUGCUCUACGCAUGUUUUGAUACUCAUAUGUGCAUGAUUGAUUUGAGUAUUUACUGAUUUCCUCAUCAUUGCCACACCAGUUUCAUUUUAUUAGUAGAGACCCGAAUUUAGGGACUUAGAGGGGUGCUACGGUCCAUACUGUACCUUCCCGAUAAGUAACCUGACCCCCGAACCCGAUCCGGUUUUUCGUAGAUCACCUUUUCCAAAUAAGGAGUCACACUUAGGGUUUUUCUUUCUUAUUUUGUUUACCCUUUUAAAAAUAAAACAAAAAUAAGUGGCGACUCCAAGUCAUUUUCAAAUAAUCAAUAAAAAUCAAAAUUUUCAAAUAAAAAAAUCGAGUUUCGCCAUCGAGUGGGAAACGCAUCGAGCAAUCGAAAUGCGGGGUCCACACUCUUGUUUUUUCAUAGCUCACCAAAUCCACCAUUAUCCAUUGAAGAUUAAGAAAAAUCAGUAGAAAAACAAAAUCUCUUACUCACAAAAUCCGACCAUUAUCCAUUGAAGAUUAAGAAAAAUCUUAUCUAAAUUCAGCUUCCUCCAACAUAUCAAUAUUAUUAUUUUUUUCAUUUAAAUUUAUGAUCUAAAUCAUACAAGUAAAUGAUGAAAUAUAGAUCAAGAAUGCAACCUUCUAUAUAAGACUUUAUGAUUGAGGAUUAUUUUUCUAUAUGAUGCCGAGAAAUAAUGAAAAUCAAACCCUAUUUUUAAAGAUAAAUAGGGUUAGUCUUGGCAUGCCUUUUUCACACUCUAAAUGUGAAAUCAAACAUGCUCCCAAAUGCUAUAUGCAAUUCUCAAGAGGCAUGGAAAAUAUUGUAUCACUCAUCUCAUUGGCAUGAAAUAAAAAAACAUGGAUUAUUUUGAGAUGGGUACUAUUCUUGUCAUUUUUUUUUCUACCAAUGGAUUAUUUUGAACUUAAACUCUUAUUAUCUAGUAAUUUUUUUUAAACAAUUUUUUAUUCUUUAAAA